UGAUCCACAUUACUAGUUUCAGAUAGUGAUUCAUAUGAUUUAUUCAACUCUUGUCCAAUCUUGUUUCUUGGAGUAGUGACAAGAACCGCAUGCAUGCAAUUUUUAAUUUCCAGCAAAAUGGUUAGACAUUUGAGGUGGAUGAGAUUCCUUAUGUUUCAUAGUUUCAUUCACUUCUUUUGUAUAAAUAGUCUUGGUUUGAUAUGAGAUAGUCACAACAUCUUCACAAGUUUCAGACUUCAAUAAUAUACUCUUGAGACUUUCUUCAGGUCUAAAGAAAGAUGGCUGGCUCAAUUGCAGUUUCUAAAACAACCUUUCACUCUAGAUCAAGCAGUUUCCCAUCUAAGUCUCAUCCUCUGACCACCAGCGUCGAGGAUCAGCUGAGCAGAUUAAGGGCUUCUGCUGCUGCCUCCACUUCGGCAUCUGCAGCAUGUACCAACUUGGAUAGCCUUCAAGAUUUGCAUCACCGCGUCAAUGAGAUGAUUCACUUGCCAUCAUUCCAGAGAGCCUUUUGCCAGAAGAGGUCUGCAUUGGAUGAGAUUCUAGAAGGUUCUCUGAGGUUGCUGGAUUUUUGCUCAAUUGCAAAGGAAGCUUUGUUGAGUACAAAGGAAUCUAUCCAAGUGCUCCAAUCAUCUCUGAGGAGGAAAAAUAGAGAAACUGGCUUGGCACAGGAAGUUAUGAGCUACAUGGCCUCAAGAAAGAAUAUCAACAAAUCUGUUUCCAAAAGCAUAAAAAGUUUGAUCAAUUUUGAGAAGAAUAUCAGCCUACCACUCCUAAAUGAAGACAGUGACCUUGUGGCCAUUGUAAACAUGGUCAGAGAACUACAAGUUGUCAGCUUUUCGGUUCUGAAAUCAGUGUUGUCUCGUGUGUCCAAGACAAAGGCGGUUACCAAGCAGAGUGGAUGGUCACUGGUUUCCAAAUUCAUGCAACCAAAAAAAGAAACUGAAGGCCAUGAAGUCGAGAAGAUUGAUGAGAUCUUGAAUGCCUUGGCUACUCAAAAAUCCUGCAAAGACAUCAAUGCUGUGCAAAACGUGUUGAAGCAAUUGCAGACACUAGAAUGUAGUAUUCAGGAGCUUGAAGAGGGAUUAGAACCUAUCUUUAAGUGCUUAUUAAACACUCGAGUAUCUCUUUUAAAUGUUCUGAAUCAUUAAUUUUGUAUCACAGUGAUGUUAAUAGUACACGAGCUCAUACAAAUUUUGUUAGAUAUCUUGUUGUAAAUGAUUGCAAAAAUUAUACAGUGAUAAAUUGACAGUU